AUGGGAGACCGGGCCGAUUCGACAACUGCGGCGGCAGCAGAGACCACGCCCCUCCUUGCCCCGACUGUAGACUCGCCGCGAACCAAGGCUCCUCGAUCCGUCACCUUCAAUCCGAACCCUGUAACCCGCACCAUUGACCCUCUACCUAUGAGGUCCUCCCGCCAGCCACGCGCCGUCCAGGACCGCUACGCUUCCGGCUCCUAUCCCUCCUUCUCGAGCGGCGUGGCCCCCGCCCCUCCCGUCCUCGCCGCCUUCAACAACCGCCUACGCCGCCGAAACAGCCAGGGCUCCAUGCCUAACAAUGGCGCCGCUCUAGGCGCCGCAGGCCUCGCGGCGGCCAUGUCCAAGAUUGGACCACAGCGAAGUUCAAAAACGGCCCAGAAGCUCAAGCUACUACCGGAACCUGGGCCCUGGGACGAAAUAGAUGAAGAGAGCGGCCGCGAUGUCUAUUCGCAAUUUACGCGCAUCAAGGACCCGACCGCCCGCCGGGAUGCCGCGAGGCUAGGGAAAACGGACCGGGAAAAGCUUCCUAGAGUCACGGCGUACUGCGUGGCGGCUCGAUACGACCUCGACCUGCUGAUGAGGUACCUCAAAGGCAGGGGCAAGAAGAGGGGCGCGAACCCGAAGCUCAUUGACGAGUGCAUCUACACGCCGUACAGCUACGGGAAGCUGGAUACGAGAGAGGACAGUGGCCUUGGCCUGAGGCUGCCGGAUGACCCCGUGCACAACUACGAGCGGAGACACUCGGCGGAUCUAGGCGCGGUUUCCAGGGGCUACGAGCCCGACGGCAGCGCGCCGAGAACUGGGGCGGAGGACGACCAGCAAAGACCCGACAACUACGGCAGCUCGAGGGCGCUCAGCAGCGAUAUGGCGCACGAGACGGAAACGGCGCGGCUGGAAACGUCGCUCAUCACGGCGGGCGACUUUGACACACACGUGCACACCCCCGAAGUGUUUGUAUUCGACUACGGCGUGGUGGUGAUCUGGGGCAUGUCCAUUCUAGAGGAGCAGCGCCUUCUCAAGGACCUAGGCCGUUUUGAAGUGGAGAAGUUGGCAGCCGAGCUCAUCGAGACGGAAGAGUUCAACUUUUACUACACGCGCGAGUACCAGCCGCGGAUAUACAAUGACUUCAUCACGCUAAGAGACAAGCACAACUACAUGACCAAGCUAGCCAUUUCUCAUGCCCUAGCCCAGAGUGUCAAGACUUCCCUCUUCGAAGAGACCCUUGCUUUAACCAUUGAAACCUGCAAGGAAAUACCCAACCAACUCGCCCUCGCUGGCAAGGUAGCCCUUUCCCGGUCCGAGAUCAACAUGCAAAUCGGCGAGCUCUUCACCCUCCGCAUCAACAUCCACCUCAACGGCUCCAUCCUCGACACACCCGAGGUCUUUUGGGUCGAGCCCCAGCUCGAACCCGUCUACCAGGCUGUCCGGAGCUACUUGGAAAUGGACCAGCGAGUCGGUCUGCUUACCGAUAGGCUCGACGUCAUAGCCGACUUGCUUGCCGUCCUCAAGGACCUGUUGAGUCAUCGCCACGGAGAAAAGUUGGAGUGGAUUGUCAUCGUCCUGAUUGCGGCCGAGAUCUUCGUCGCUGUCGUUAACAUCGUCAUUGACGUAUAUGUCGGAAUAUAA